AUGCCAUCACAAACCGAAUCCAACAAUGCUUUGGCGCUUGCCGACAAGUCUGUGCACGCUGCAGUCCGCCAAAUCAAAAUCUACGAGUUAGAUGGCUGGGUGGUUGUUGACCAGGCCCAUACGAUCGCGUGGAUGGUGUCUGAAGCACUCCAGCAACAUGGCCAGAAUUGCUUGGACAUGCUGCCAUUCCUUCUUUCUGCUGCCGCUGAGGUCCGGGCAACCAUAAAUCAGACUCUCGCACCCAAAUGGGCCUGUGUGCAGGAUGAUGAUCCACAUAUGGAGUCACACCCCUUCUUCCCAAAGGUUGUCAGAUAUACACUAGCAUCAGCAUCAGCACCAGCACCAGCACCAGCACCAGCACCAGUGCCAGUGCCAGCAUCAGCACCGGCAGUCUCCCUGGUCACACACCCAGUUCCCAAACAGCUGAAGAAAUGCAAGGUCUUGAAGCCCUUGUCCAAGGCCAUCAUCUCCAACACCAAGGAUGAGGAAGGGCAGCCAGGAGGGACCAUUGUAGUUGUAAAGAUUGUUCAAUCUUUGCCUGCAGCGCAGCACGAAUCAAAGUGCAUGACAAAAGAGAUCAAGCAGGCGGAUGCCACACCCCACAUCGGCCAAGCCCAGCCAAAGGGCAAAGGAAAGGAGAAGGCCAUGGACAUUGCUGAGCCUGUCAGAGGGCGCAGGCUACUGAAGGCCUCUGCUGAAGAGAUGCAUAGGGAAGCCCUGUCUCGUCUCAUUGCAGUCGGCCAGAAGGGGCAAGCCAUGAAGUCCUGCGUCAAGUGCCACAAGAUGAAGGUGUGGUGUAACCAAUUGGCGUCAGUUGAUGCCAUCGGUCCUGCAACAACUCGGCAGGCCCCAAAGUCAUGCCCUAGGUCAAAGCCUGCAUCAGCCUCCAAGCACAGGGCUCAAUCCAGGACAACAAGAGCAACCUCCCAUGUGCGUCAACCAACUCCCAUUCUGGAGUCUGAGGAAGAAGAAGCUGUUGAGGAUACCGAUGUGCCUGUCACUGGUGAUGAUGAUGCCAAGAUGGAUGGUGAUGCUGAGGCCGAGCAGGACACUGACAUCGCUACCAAGAUGCCUGAAGCCAUCGCUUCUGCAGCUGACUUCCCUGCCGACCAUUGGCAGGAGGAGACCAACAACAUAGCCAUCCCCAUAGCCAUUCCCCCACCAAUUCCUGUGGCCGACUGCCUUUCCCUUCCAUCAGCACCUUCGUCACCCACCAUCCACAAUUGCAUGCUUGCCCUGAUGGCUCAGGUCACUGCCAUGCAAAUGGCCAAUGAGAAUGCCCUUGCCAGGAUGGACGUGAUGGAACAUGACUUCGACACCCGCAUCUCCUCGAUGUGUGCUGAGCUGUCUGCCAUGCAGCUCAAUGUUGGCGCCACUGUGACAUUGGUGGAUGGACUGGUUGGCCUAGUUGAGAAGCUUCAGCAGGAGUGGGUCCUUCCUAAUCCAUCGUUCCCACCACCAACGAUGAGACAAGGCAAUGAAUCCUCGGCCACUGCAUUAAGCAUGAGGUACUUGAACAGUGUGUUCGAUCCUUCAGUUGCUCCCAUCCCCCUUUCUGUUGGAAUCAAUCAAACCUUGGCAUCUCGCACUUUUGGCCGUUCUGACAUGCAGGGCAGCACAUUGUCAUAUACCAUAUUCCCAGGUACAGAUCCAGAUCUCAGAUCCAAUCCAGAUCCGAUGGACAUAUCCGUUGUCCAGUCCACAGAUCCGAUCUAA